AUGUGUUGUAACUACGGGAACUCCUGUGGCUAUGGCUGUGGAUGCGGCUAUGGCUGUGGCUAUGGCUCAGGCUAUGGCUGUGGCUACGGCUCAGGAUGUGGCUGUCGUUAUGGCUCCCGUUGUGGCUACGGCUAUGGCUCAGGCUGUGGCUGUGGCUAUGGUUCAGGAUGGGGCUGUGGCUGUGGCUAUGGCUCAGGAUGGGGCUGUGGAAAAGGCUCCUGCUGUGGCUGUGGAUAUGGUUCUGGCUCUGGCUGCUGUGGCUACCGGCCAUUUUGCUACAGAAGAUGUUAUUCUUCUUGCUGCUAG